AUGUCCAUUGUACAGAAAUUACUAUUGCUGAUACCUUUCUUUUUCACAUUGAAUGCACAUUGUAUAACCAAACAUACUGAAUUAUCUCCUGGUAAUUAUUCAAACUCUGGUGUAGUCAGAUGCCACUAUAAAGUUAAGGGUAGACAUCUUUCCAAUGAUCAAAUAUAUCAAAGAUUAAACAAAUAUUCUAGACAUAUAGAUAUAUGGACUAAUAAUGACCACUUUAUAGAUUUUCAAACACAUGAGGAUUUGUUUAAAAAAAUCAAUAAGAUCUCUAAAACAUUGGAUGCUAACUGUGAAGUAAUGAUCGAUAAAUUAGAUUCUCUAAUCAAAGAAAGCUUCCCAACAAACAGAAGAGAUCAUGGGUUAUUUAAUGAAAUAUUAAGAGAUUAUCCAAAUAGAAAUGUUGAUAUCUUCAAAGUAAUCAACACAAGAAAUAUCCAUGGUAAACUAUCAGAAUACUUUUUCCAAGACUAUAGAGAUUUAAAUUCACUGGAAGUUUGGUUCCAUGUCUUAACUCAAUGGUUUCCAGAUAUCCUUAAUUUACAAGAUUUGGGAUCCACUUUUGAAAAUAACCAUCUCUAUGCACUCGAAAUCAACGUAAAUAACAAAACUUCAAACCCAGAUGGAAAGACUAUAGUGAUAACAGGUGGGACCCAUUCACGUGAAUGGAUCAGUAUUUCCACAGUGUGCUACGUAAUGUUCCAAUUAUUAAGUGACUACGAGUCGCGUAUAAAUAAUAAAGCAAAUCAUAUCUUCAAUUCAUUCAAUUUUAUUUUUAUCCCAGUUUUGAAUCCAGAUGGUUAUGAAUAUACUUGGACCACAGAUCGUCUUUGGCGGAAAAAUAGGCAAGAUACUGAAAACAAAGAAUGUCCUGGUUUUGAUCUAGACAGAACCUUUGGCUACCAUUGGCAGCCAACAUGGGAAUAUCCAUGCAGCAGUAAUUAUAAUGGCAAAGAGCCAUUUAUUGCCAAGGAGUCACAGUUGUUGGAUCAGUAUAUUAAGAAGAAAUUUGGUCCAGAUAAAGACGAAAUGUUAUCUGUUUUCUUAGAUUUUCACUCCUAUUCACAAGAGAUACUUUAUCCAUUUACAUAUUCAUGUGAUGUUUUACCCAAUGAUAUUGAAAACUUAUUAGAGUUGGCGUACGAUUUGUCAAAGAGUAUUAGAAAGUUUUCUGGGAAACAGUACGACGUUAGACAAGGCUGUAAAGAUCGUGAUGCCGAUCUCAAUCCAGCAGCUGGAUCCGGGUCAUUGUUAGAUUACAUGUAUGAUAAAGGUGCACGUAUCAGUUAUCAGAUUAAAUUAAGAGACACUGGUAACCAUGGGUUCCUAUUGCCUUCUAGGUUCAUUGAACCGGUUGGUAAAGAAGCUACAGAAGUGAUGAAAACUUUAUGUGAUUUCUUAUUGAAUCCAACUACAUGGAUGUCAUAA